GUAUCUCUAAAGAAUUUUUGUGCAAAAAGUGGCUCCUAGCGGCCAAAUUCUAAGAAAAUUCUCAGAGGCAUGACGUUUUCUUAGAAUUUCCCCUAAAAGUGACACGAAAAUCCCAGUUAAUAUAAAAGCUAUUCCUCAAGAGUCCUAGCGCUUAAAAGGGCUCCUAAGGCGAGAUCUGCUAAGAGCAGGGAAGAGGACUUUUAGUGGCUUAGGAGUUACCCUAAGCAGCUGCACAAAAUGGCCAACAGAGGAGGCAGGAGAGAUGUCCUGCAAACACUGGAUGACAGGGAAUUAUUGAGACGCUACAGAUUGGAUCGUGCAGGAAUCAUGUUUGUGGUGGAUCUCCUUAGAGAUGCAAUUACUUCACCAACUCGACGCCACAACGCUAUUACACCGGAGAAGAAAGUAAUCACAACCCUGAGGUAUUUGGCAACAGGGAAAAUGCAACAAUGCAGCAGUGAUGACUUGGGUCUGUCCCAAUCCUCCGUCAGCAGAGUCAUCACCCAAACACUGACAGCUUUGUCACAACCUAAUAUUGUGACACAAUUUGUUUCAUUCCCGCUGGAUGCCCGCACUUUACACACACAUAAAAGGGCAUUUAUGGACAUUGCAGGAUUCCCUGGCGUUGUGGGUGUAAUUGAUGGAACACAUGUGAGAAUAAUUGCGCCAUCAGAGGACGAGGCUGUCUUUGUUAACAGGAAGAAUUUCCACAGCAUCAAUGUGCAAAUAGUGUUCAAUGCGGCCUGGAAGAUUUUGGACAUUGUGGCUAAAUGGCCAGGCUCCACACAUGAUGCGAGAAUGCUCUCCGAGAGUGGCAUCAGACAGCUUUUUGAGAGACGCUAUGUGCCAGCUAAUUGCCACUUGUUAGGGGACAGUGGCUACCCAUGCAAACCAUGGCUCCUUACACCUUACCUCCAGCCACGCCAAGGGCCCCAACUAAACUAUAACAGGGCCCACAAGACAACAAGAGCGGUGGUGGAGCGUGGCAUAGGCCAGCUUAAGAGGCGCUUUCAUGUUCUCCACGGAGAGGUGCGGCUGAGGCCUGAAAAAAGCAAGCUGUAG